GAGAACAACAAAGAGGAAGCAGAAAUGAAUUUGAAAAUAAAAACACAAAACAUGGAAGAUGAGAUUAACUUUGAGCGUGAAAACGCUACAGCUGCAAUUCGUUGCGAUGAAAGCGUCAAUUUUUCCCAAGUUACUUCUGUGGCUAAUCGGUGGAUCUUUGACUUUUUGUUUGUAAGUCUGUGUCGACGAUUCAAGGAAGACCAAUUUGAUGAAUUCAAUGAAACGCUUUCGACUUUCCGGGAAAUCUGUCCAAGAAUGAAAGGAACUAUUUAUCACGAGAAAACGAUGGUAUGUGCCUUCCUUGCAAGAGUCAUUCAUGGCAAUGAAUUGGAUGUCCAGUUUGAAGAGGAAGCUGAUGUGAUGCCCCUGAUGUCUGCUGCCAAAAUUUGGCCGGACCUAAAGAACACUGUGAAAGAUAAAAUUUUGUCCAAAAACAUCACCCAUCUUUUGCUUGUCCAGUCUGUGGCUUUGUGCUUGGAGAAAGGCAAACAAUCGUCUGCUUCCUCCGCCCUCAGGUGGUAUAAGAACAACAGUGAAUUCCCACAGAACUUGAUAGUCAAGCUGACGACAAUAGUGACCAGGAGAGAAACCUACCACCCCUUCCUCGUGAGCUUCAGCUUCAUCCGCCUGCUGGAGAGCAUCAAGUCUUACUUGGACGCCUACUUGGAGAAGAAUCCCUCUGACUACCUUCUCAAGGAAGCCACAAACUUUGUGAAGUCGUCACCUCUCAGUGAGCGUUUGGAGGACACUGUGACAAAGGACAGCUCUGUGUCAGAAGAAGCCAACAAAUCAACAGGGAACAGAAAAACAAAACGGAAAUUACUGUCAACAAAAAAUCUGGAUGAAUGGCAAUCGGAUUCAUGCAAGGAGUCAUUUGUCUCCCUCAGGAGAAUGUCCAAGACCGACUUAUUGGUGAUGACAUCCCCAAAGUCAGUGGACAAGUCGAAGAUUAAGAAAACAAGAAAAAGACCCCAGAAAUGGACAAACCAGCUGGACACAUUUCUUCAGACUGGAGUCAAGCGCCACGGCCAGGGGAAUUGGUCUCGCAUAUUAAUGGACUUUGACUUUGAGGGACGCACUGGCACGAUGCUGAAAGACCGCUGGAGAGUUCUGAGGAAGGCGCAUAUAGUAGGCUGAAGGAGAGUCCCUCUCUAAAUUCUACAUUGUAGCAAUGUACCUGUAAAAAAAAAAAAAAGGAAAGC